GAGGGGAGCUUCAGGGAAGACAUGUCUCUCACUGACUCUGUCGCCUCGACAACCGGGUAAGAAAGGAAGGGAGGGAGCAUCAGAGAGGGAGAGAAAAGACUGGGGAACAUAAAGAAGAAAACAACAUAAUAUGGACUGCUGAGAUUAGAGGAUUCCUGCAGGCUGAGAAGGGAAAGUGGAUUAGAUUUUUUUUUUUCAUUCUCAUUGCAUGGAGCAGAUGAAACUGCAGAGCACAAGUUCAGCACAGUUAAAGUGGACUAAGUAGGCCUGAACGCUCCACCUGUAAUUCUUCUUUCAUCAGCUGCAGGCGCCAGCAUGGAUGUGGAGGAUGAACCGCUGCUGUUUCACACCAGCUGGGAUGGUGAGGAGGAGGAAGAAGAAGAAGAGGAAGACGAUGGAGUGGUCCACACCACAGGACAGCGCUGCUGCUCUGGGAAUGUAGGGUUUUGUGGAGUGUGGAGGACACUAGGGUGGAUUUACACACAGCCCUGGGUGAGUGGAGUGGUUUUAGGGGUAGCUUUCUUGCUACCAUGUGCCCUGUUUGCUUACAUGCUACUCUACUGCCCUCCUCUGGACAUUGACCUCUCCUACAGUGCCUUUGAGGUUCACAGUCACUUCUCAGCUGAGCGCUUUGACGCUCUCACCAUUGCUGUAAAAACUCAGCUGGGGUCCUGGGACAGACGUAGGCGUGACAUAGAGUCUGAGGCACUGCAGGAGAUUCUGCUUGAUAAACUGGUCAGAAAGGGAGUGUUCAACUGGACAGACAGUAAGAGGAUGAGAUCCUCUACUUCAAAAAACAGUGUUUUACAAGGAGAUGAUCAGAGCAGAGUUGCAGCACAUGGAGAUGUAAGGACAGAACCUGAUUUCAGUCAGGGGGACAUGAAGAAGCACAACAGCUCAAAUCCCAGAACAGGGAAGGAAACGGGGAGAUUUUGGGAUAAAAAUUCCACUUUUCCACUGAUUAGGAAGCGCAGGUUUGCUCCCAAUUACUACAUGCAGAGCCAGGCUCAGUGGAGGAUUGAGCUGGUGUUUGUGGCUCAGGGGCAAGGCGAUCGCAACAUCUUCACCCCAGAGCGUCUACAGACAAUUCACCAUGUUGAGCGUCUGCUCAUGCAACACCCACAGUUUCAUCAGUUCUGCUGGAAACCUCUGGAAUUAUUGAGGGAUCUGCCACUGGGGCCAUCUUACUGCUCCCCACCAAACUCGCUUCUGUCUUACCUUUAUCCCAGCGAGAGAGGGGGGAAGAUAUACUACGAUGGCAUGGGCCCUGACCUGGCUGAUAUCCAAGGUUCUCUGGGACUGGCCAUCACCCACCCACAGUUCUACUGGUAUGUGGAUGAGAGUUUGUCCCCUGAGCAUCUUUCCUCCUCUCUCCUACGUAGUGAGAUACACUUCGGGGCUCCUCUGCCAUCCUACUAUUCCCUGCAGGACCGAGCAGAUGAGCAAAGAACUCGAUUCAAAAACUUUGUGGUUCAGUAUGCAGACAUACUGGCAAAUCAAUCCACCAGUCAGGUGAAGGUGCUGUAUGGGGGAACAGAGCUGUUUGAUAAUGAAGUGAGGAAAACCUUCUACAAUGAUAUGAUGCUGGCAGUCAUCAGUGGAGCCUGCAUCACUGUGCUUGUCUUCAUUCUUACCUCAUUUUCUGUCUUUCUGACUUUCUUUGGACUCUCUGGCAUUGGACUGAGCUGUUUAAUGGCUCUUUUCUUAUACCACGUUGUCUUCGGUGUGAGGUAUCUGGGCAUUCUCAACGGAGUUGCAGCAUUUGUUAUUAUUGGCAUUGGAGUGGACGAUGUGUUUGUGUUCAUCAGCACCUUUAGGCAAGCCUCUCAUCUGCAUCAGCCACAAGAGCGAAUGAUCUACACAAUGAAAACAGCUGGCAGGGCUACAUUCCUCACCUCCUUUACAACUGCAGCUGCCUAUGCCGCUAACACUUUCUCUCAGAUCCCAGCCGUGCAUGACUUUGGCCUAUUCAUGGCCCUCAUUGUCAGCUGCUGCUGGCUUUGGGUAUCUGUCCUGAUGCCAGCCGCCCUGUGUAUCUGGACUCAGCAUGUGGAGCCUCAUGAGCACGUCUGGUUGAAUUGCCUGAAGUUGUUUUCGGGCCUGUCAGCAAGCCACAGCCCUCUGUCAGAUGAGGAUGAUGAUGUGGCACUUCUAUCUGUGGAGAUGGAGCCAGGCUCCUGUGACACAGACAGCGAUACAGCCAUUCUGUCCCUGUCAGUGGAGACACCUUUGUCCCCUCAAGGGCAGCAGCAUGUGGGUGUGGUGAGCACUAAACUCCAGUGGGCUUUAAAGCACUUAGUGGCUGAACCAGUAGUGAAGCGACGAAAAGCUGUUCUAUGCGUCUUUCUCCUGGUUCUUCUCUUAUCUGCUGGCUGCUGCUGUCUCCUGAGGCCAGCCACUCAUGCGCCUCUUCUUUUUCGCCAAGACACAAACCUCCAGACCCUGCUAGCUCUGCGGAGCAACCUUAGUGGACAAGGAAUCUCCUGCCCCAUGUGCUCAGGUGUUUUUAUGGAAAAACCCCACCUAUUGAACGCACAUACUUCCUCAUCAGGUUUUAGGUUUUCUACACAUCAGCACAACUCAAGGACAACAACUUCCACUACUUCUCAGAGCUCAGUAAAACCUAACUCAAGCACCAGCCAAACAGCUUCCUUGCUCACAGUGUACCUAUCAAAGUUGGACCAUGAAGCCUCUACAACAAUAUAUCGUUUCUCACUCAACAACAGCAUCCCAUCUCCAUGGAAAAUGUGCAGCACAGGGGAUGAGGAGGUGUCAUCAUUUCAGGCUUUUGGUCAGCCCCAUGCUAAUUACACGGCCAGAAUGAUGGUUUGUGUUUCCCGUGUGUAUCGGCCAUACCCCAGCUGGAUGAUCACAUCAAGCUCAUGUGAUCCCCAUCAUGGCUGGACUCCAGAGUUUUCCUUUUAUGUAGCCUUGUCUCCACAGCAGGACAGCAGGAGGCUGUACUUUGCUCAAUGUCGCCUGAGACCUCAUGCUAGCCGAGUAUGUGUUAGCCCUCCCGGUUGUGGCUUCAGUUCUGGGACUGAUGGACCUUCACAGGGAAUGUUUUAUACCCCUCUUCCAUUUGAUCCCUCAUCUGCUGCCAGAACAAAAACAUCCAAAACAUCAGGCUUUAACCCGUGCAGUGGCGGUGUGUGUGGCCACCCAGCGGUGCGUCCUCUGGUUGACACUGGGGCCAUGGUUUUUGUUGUGUUUGGGAUCCUGGGAAUCAACCGAACUGAACCCAGGGAUAAUCAUGUAAUUGGAGAUAUGGGGAGCAUUAUAUUGGAUCCUGACUUUGAUAUUUUCCAGGAGAUGGGACAUCUCUGCAAAAUCUGUAAAGCUGUUGGCGCAAACAAACAACUUGUGAAGCCAGGGGGAGCUCAGUGCUUGCCUUCAGGCAACAAGUUGUCUUCAUUUCUGCCUCUUUUCCAUUCUGACUGCCACUCUUUGCCUGAACCCAACCUGCUCCCAGGGCAGCUCUCCCAUGGAGCAGUGGGAAUGCACGGAGGCAAGGUCCGCUGGCUGUCCAUGGCCUUUGAGUCUACCACAUACAAAGGGAAAUCUUCCUUCCAGACUUAUUCUGACUUCCUUCAGUGGGAGAACUUUAUCCAGGAGCAACUCGCUAGCCUUCCACAGUCUUCUGCUUUGCAGCGAGGUUUCCAGACAUGUGAGCACUGGAAACAGAUCUUCAUGGAAAUCAUAGGUGUGGAGAGUGCUCUCUGGAGCCUUCUACUGUCAUUGGCCAUCUGUGUGGCAGCUGUGUCUGUGUUUACUGCACAUCCCCUGCUGCUGCUACCAGUACUCAUUACCAUUAUAGGCGUGAUCUGUCUGGUCGUGGCUGUCAUGUAUUGGCUGGGAUGGGAGAUGGGAGCAGUGGAGGCGAUUUCUUUGUCGAUACUUGUUGGAUCUUCAGUGGAUUACUGUCUACACCUGGUGGAGGGAUACCUUCUGGCUGGGGAAACAAUUCCCUCUACUCCUGAUCUUAACUUAGAGCCUCCAGCUGAGAGGCAGAGACGAACUCUGGAAGCAGUGAACCAUGUGGGCGUUGCCAUAGUGUCCAGUGCCGUCACCACAGCGAUCUCCACAGUCCCUCUUUUCUUCUGUGUCAUUGUGCCUUUUGCCAAGUUUGGCCAGAUCGUUGCCAUUAACACAGCUGUCUCUAUUUUCUUCACGCUGACGGUGACAGUGGCCUUGUUGGCCUGCAUGGCCCCUGCCCGCUUUAGCAGACGCCCUGGGGCUGUGCUAAAGGCCAGUUUGGCAGUGACGGCAGCUGCAGCCUUGGGAGCAGCUCUGUGCUGGUUGGGAAGACAGCUAGGAUUGUCAACCUGGCAGUCAAUCAGCACAGAAACGCUGCUGUCUGUCAACUCACACUGAUGUCACAUGGAGGUGAUCCUCUGUUUACAAACUGAGAAUUGUUCAGGGGGAAGUGAUCUUGUACUUCAUAGCACAAUGAUGUCAUAACAGAAUACAUGUAUUUAACUUACGUUGAUCAGUGGAUUGUGAGCAUGAGGAUCAAAUUCACACCUGCUGGAUAGUUCCUCUAAAAUAAAGUGUAACUAUGUGACACAUUAGUGGGCUGACUUUUCUGGGUUGACAUGUUUGUUUUUUUUUUUUGUUGUUGUUUGUUUUUGUUUGUUUUUAUCUGGUUUUACCUUCAGCCUUGGUGAUUAAGUGAUCUCUCUGAAACAGUGGCUGAGCCACAGCUUUCAUCAGUAUAACUUAUUAAGUUGUGAAGAGCUGCUGACUAUUCUGUGAUCUGUUGUUGUGAACACUGACUGGACAAAGUGCUCUGAUGUCCAUGAUGAUUUAGUGUUGCUGGUUCUCACAAUUUCAUGGUCAUCUUGUGAAACAUCAUGUUUGUUUAAUACUUUGUGUUCUCUUUAUUGUGCACUGAAUGUGAUUUUCCAACCAUGGCAGAUUAAGAUGUCCUGCUGUGCUGAUUUAAAAAUCGUUUGAACCAAAUUUAUACUGUUUCGUUAAAUGUAAAGUGUAAAAAGUGUAAAUGUUUGAGCUCUUACUUACUGAACUGAACUCUGAUGCUGCCAGCACACACGUGCUUCUAAAACCUGUGAAUACCACUACUUUGCACAAGUUGAAAUCUUUUUCUUUCCCCCCCCGAUUUAUUAAUUUUAUUGCUACAAUUUGUAGCUGCUUCAAGGUCUCUGUUUUUGUAAUCACCACAAAUUGAAAGAAACCUCUUUUCACCUCCUCAGGUGUACCCUCUGACUCACUUAAGAGGACCAACUGUAACACACUGCACUCACAAUUUAAAGCACCACUCAAACAUCAGUCAGUUGCUGCUCUGGUCUGCCCCACAGUGAAGGUGAGGGCCAUUUGUCAAACCUCAUAACAUAUUAAUGGUUGCGGAGAGGGACAGACUUGUUGGCAGCAAGAGCACUAAAUUUCUGUUUUAUGUGUGUUAUUUGUUAAUGUCAAAUAAAGCAGGUGCA